CAGAAAAUGCCGCUUCACGAAUCACCCCCCCUGCGACAACAGCGAGGCUCGUUCCUUCCCCAGUUCCAGCCACACUCGUUGCUUCUUACUGAGCUCGCCGCCAUGGCGAAGGGAAAGGGCGGCGCGAUUCUGGUGAAGUUGCUGUCGGCGGCGGGGACGGGCUUCUUCUACGUGACCAAGAAGAAUCCGCGCAACCUGCCGCACAAGCUCGAGUUCCGCAAGUACGACCCGCGCGUGCAGAAACACGUGCUCUUCACCGAGACCAAGCUGCGAUAGGAGAUUCCCAAUGGACAGGGACGAGGUUCCGGCCGGCUUGCGUGUGCUGUUCACCGAGACCAAGCUUCGCUAUUAGAUUAAUCGUCGCUGCCGGGUCGCGUGGCUGUGAUUGUAACGAGGGAUUAGACUGUAUCCGUGCUGUGCGGGGCUGUUGCUGCGAAGAAUUGCCUGACUGACACUUUACGAACUAGCGUUUGGCCUUGUAACGGAGCAUUAUCAAUCCAUCUUGUAUCGCGUCUGUCGUAAAUCUGUUGGUGAAAUCGAGCACUCGGUCGGUCCGUAGGGCUGUAGCAGCGUCAAUCGAUUCGUUUAGACUAACUCGUUACGAGCCCCCCUCGCCCACUCUAAACGCAGCCUGUCGAGCCCCUCUCACCGCUCUGAACGCGUACACACCGGACCAUUAUUCACGGCGUCGAGCCUGUCAGCGACAUACCCGCGGACCGUUAUUCACUUGACUGUCUCCCCUGGCCUCGCGAUCGUAGACAGCCGUCAAUCGCCGUCAGUCGCCUUCAGUCGCCGUCAAUCUCUGGCCGUCAAUCGCUGACCGUCAAUCUGUGGCCGUCAAUCGCUGGCCGUCAAUCGCUGGCCGUCAAUCGCUGGCCGUCAAUCGCUGACCGUCAAUCUCUGGCCGUCAAUCGCUGGCCGUCAAUCGCUGGCCGUGAAUCGCGCCGUGAGCCGUGAGGGGCGGCGAUGGACUUCCAGGAGCUGGAGGCGGCGGAGGGUGUGCGCUUCUCGUGGAACGUGUGGCCCGCCACGCGCCUCGACGCCACGCGAUGCGUCGUGCCGUUCGGCGCUAUCUUCACGCCGCUGGCGGACAUUCCAGACUUACAGCUGGUUCCGCAUCCGCCGCUACUGUGCAAGGCUUGUGGCGCAGCACUCAACCCGUACUGCGCUCUCCAGUUCGGCAGCAGGAGCUGGGCGUGCUCGCUGUGCCAGCAGAGGAACCUCUUCCCGCCCAACUAUAGAGACAUAAGUGAGACCAACCUGCCCAUCGAGCUGUCGCCCAGCCUCAGCACCAUCGAGUUCCUGCUGCCGCACGCCGCCACGCCCCAGCCUGCGUUCCUGUUUCUCCUGGACACAUGCGUGCCCGCCGACGAGCUGCACCACAUGAAGGCGGCCCUGCUGCGUCUGCUGCCGCUGCUGCCCGUCACCUGCCCCAUAGGGCUCAUCACCGUGGGCGCACAGGUGGCCGUGCAUGAGCUCUCUCACUCACUCCCUCACUCGGCCUCUCACUCGCUCCCUCACUCAACCUCUCACUCACUCUCGCACUCGCCCCUGUCGUCGCGUGUGGUGCUGCUGCCGGGUGAGAAGGACCUGUCUGCCAGCAAGAUUAAGCAGCUUCUAGGACUGCCCGUCCCUCGUUCCCCAUACCCACCACCAUCCUCAUCGUCCAAGGGCGCCCACAGCAGCACCCACACCCUUUUAGCAGUGUACGAACCUCCAGUGCACACGAACGCCCCUGGCAAAGCGCCCUUCGCUGGCGGCUCAUCCUCGCCCAAGGGCCCGUUGUCACCACCGCGGCCUAUGCCGUCCUACCACCCAUCAUCUGGCCACGUGUCACCACCAUCAUUGGUUACCCUAUCGUCCAUAUCAUCAGCAUCAGCAUCCCUACCGCCACCACUAACAUCAUCGGCAUCCCCCCCACCAUCGCUGGUUCUGGGCGGCACAUGGGGCGCGGAUGGGCGGUACCUGGUGCCUUUAGUGGAGGGUGAGGCGGUGCUGCGCGGUGUCAUAGGGGCGUUGCAGCCGGACUCUCAACACGUGAUGCCUGGAUGUAGGCCGCGCCGAGCCAUAGGCGCAGCUCUGGCCGCCGCCGUAGCUGUGAUGGAGGUUCGGGGGGAGCUGGUACGGGAGGAGGGAGGGAGGGCGGCAGAUGGGGCAGGGUGGGCGUUCAAGCAGGAGGGGAGGGCGGCAGGGGAUGGGAGGGGGGCAUCGGAGGAGAGGGCGGGGGGGGCCAGGAGGGAAGGGGAGAGAGCGUUGGAGUCGGGAGGGCGCGUGGUGGUGCUGCUGGGAGGGCCGUGCACGGUGGGGCCGGGCAUGGUGGUGGGCAGUGACAUGGCGGACUGCCUGCGGACGCACUCCGACAUCCUCCUCGACAACACCACCUACUACCACCGAGCCACACGCUUCUACUCCCAGCUAGGGGAGCGCGCAGCAGAGGUGUCGGCGGCCAUAGAUGUGUUUGCGUGUGCGGCGGACCAGGUGGGCGUGGCCGAGAUGCGGGGCGCCAUCGAGGCGACAAGUGGCACGCUCGUAUUGGCCGAGUCGUUUGAGUCUGACAUCUUUGCCAAGUCGCUGUGCAAGCUGUUCCAGCGCUCAGAGGCAGGCCAUCUGCUAGCAGGCACAGACGGGGUAGUAGAGGUGAAGCUACCCAGGGAGGUCAAGGUGAUGGGGGCGGUGGGGGCGUGUGGCAACCUGUGGCGCAAGGGGGCGGGAGUGAGCGAGCAUGAGGUGGGGCAAGGGGGCACGGCUGCCUGGCGCCUCUGCUCCCUCUCCCCCCGCUCCUCCUCCCUCGCCUUCUUUUUCGAGAUCGCCCCACCAAGAUCGCACCAGAUUCCUGAUGGCUCAUUCGCCUUCUUCCAGUUCCUCACCACGUACCGCCACGGGGACGGCAGCAGAAGAGUGCGGGUCGCCACAGCAGCCAGGCGAUGGGUACACAUGGGAGGGGAGGGGCAGGGGGGCGGUGGCGCUGAUAGGGGGGAUGCUGGGGGGAUGGCGCAGGGGGAGGGGGAGCUGGUGGUGGGGGGGGUGCCAGGGGGGAGUGCUGCUGCUGCACUCUUGGAAGUGGUGAUGGGGUUCGACCAGGAGGCUGCUGCUGCUCUCGUUGCCAAGCUGGCUGCUUUCAAGGCGGAGUCGGAGGACAUGAGUGACGUGCUGCGCUGGCUGGACCGCAUGCUCAUCCGCUUUGGAGCCAAGUUUGGGCAGUACAGCCGGGGCGACCCCUCCUCCUUCCACCUCUCCUCCGCCGUCUCUCUCUUCCCCCAGUUCAUGUUCCACCUGCGCCGCUCCAGCUUCCUCCAGGUGUUCAACCACAGCCCCGAUGAGACGGCCUUCUUCCGCCUCAUGCUCACUCGGGAAGCCGUUACCAACUCCCUCCUCAUGGUUCAGCCCACCCUGAUCGCAUACACGUUUGACGCACCGCCGCACCCAGUGCUGCUGGAUGUGUCAUCCCUGCAGCCGGACUGUGUGCUGCUGUACGAUGGGUUCUUCCACGUCGUGGUGCUGCACGGCUCCACCAUCGUGCACUGGAAGCACCAGGGUUUCCACCUCGACCCAGCCCACGCAGCCUUCAGGAAACUUUUGGAGCUGCCCAUGGAAGAUGCGUUUGCCCUGGCCAGAGAGAGAAUGCCCGAGCCCAGAAUCAUGGAGUGUGAGCAGGGAAGCAGUCAGUCACGAUUCCUGACCUCUCGGCUCAACCCAUCAACAACCCAUACAAGUUCCAACAUUCCUUCCUCUCCAUCGUUUGUAGAGGAGGCGACGCAUUCUCAGCAGUACAUUUUCACCGAUGAUGUCAGCUUAGAGACGUUUUCACAACACUUGCAGCGCCUUGCUGUACAAUAAUGCAUGUACAGCUGUUGGAAAAGCAA